GAUCGGAGAAGACCUUUGCGAUGCGAUAAGGAGAAAGUGGACUGUGCCAACUGAGAACUUUCUCGCUCUUUGGUGUCGACUUGAGGUGGUUUUUUUUCUUGCAGAGGUGGAAGCAGAGUUAUCUAGUCUAACGCGAUGCAAGAACGCUCGAUCGAAAAUGCUUGCGAUAGGGACAGUCGCUGCACGGUUCUUCUGCCUGUGAAAACACAGUAUCGAAUUUCUCGUCGUCUAUUACUGGCUCCAGUGAUUGGAUGCCUUGCGAUAAUGGCAGUUGGUGGAAAAGAGUGUGGGGGUGAAUUGGUGGUGUUUCCUCGAACGAGGGUCGAUGCAGAACAGGAGAGAAGACGACUAGGGCGAAACAACCAAAUGAUCCAUCGCAACAGGAUGUACGACGCAAUGGGGGCAAAAACUGAUUCUAAGUUUGGUUACUCUACCCAGCGACCGUGAGAAGAUCCAAGGUGGGUCCUCCCUAGCAGCAGAGACGAACGUGUGAGAGAGAAAAAGUGGUGAGGAAGGAGGGUCGGCAAAUGAAGGGGACGGUGCUUGGACGAUGAGAGAGACACACAAGAACAAGCAGUGAGUUUACUGAGCAGAAAGAGGAGAGAAAAAAAAAAAAGG